UGUCACAGUGAAAAUCAAGGUUAUAACCCAAGAUUCUCAACCAUACAAGUUGAGGGGCUCCAGGCAGUUCUCAUAAUGCAGAGGAAACUGGUUUAUAAGUUUACUCUUUGGUUUGUAAAGCCUGUUUUGGGACCUGUGGCCUGGAGAUUUCUAAGUGAUUUGGGAGGGAUGAAAUCUCCAAUCCUGGGUCCAUGUUUUGAAAGCAGCCAGCACACUGAUUGCACAGGUGUGUGCAGGCUUUUUGUAGAAGGGCCCAACCAGGGUUCUGGGCUCCACCCUGGCAGACAGGAGUCAGGAUCAGAGUUCUGGGCCCCACCCCAGCAGAUAGGAGUCAGGAGGGCUCCACUUGGAAGACAGGAGGUC